UAAAAAGUUUAAAAGCAUCCAGCAGCUAAGCUUGCAUCAGUUCAAUUGAGUUUGACGUUCAGAAAAGUAACCUCGCGUAAUCAUCUUUGAUGGCAGUUUUGGUGAAAACUUGUUGCUGUGGCUGCAGUCUCCGUGCAGGUGUUAUGAUUCUCGGAUUCUUGGGUCUGAUUGGAUCAGCUUAUUCAAUUUAUCAACACAGUCAGUCCAUCAAAGUUGACAAGUAUGUAGGGGAGAACGCUGACGAAAUCAGCCAAGAUUUACCUUUCAGCAAAAAGCAUCUCCUGGCGAUCGUCAUAUUGACUUAUGUUUCCCUGGUAUUCGGAGUCAUCUCACUGUUGGUGAACCUGUUGCUUCUGGGAUCCUGUAGCUCAAGUGACAAGCGUUUGGCGUUUCCUUGGCUCGGGUGGAGCAUAUUCAAGCUCUUUUUCAGUUUUGGAGUGUUUAUAUUUUACAUUGACAUCUGGGAUGGGUUUGCCGACGUUUUCAUUGUUUACAUCAUUGAAUGGUUGCUGUUGAUCUACUUCAUCAUAGUGGUGUAUUCGUAUAUCGAAGCCCUUCGUCAAGAUCCUUCGGGAACGAGUGCAGGAUUUUCUCCCCCUCUGACAGGCGGUAACCAAACCCAUAGGGCUGGAAUGGAAUGCCCUCCAUACGUAGAAAUCCAGGGCGACUCUGUGUAAACUCAGCAAAACAUUGUAAAAGUGAAAUGGCUGAUACGUUUUGCAUCAUGGUAAAACGAUUAACUUUUGUUAGGAGCCCUAGAAUUAACUGCUUUUUGGUAAAAUUGUUAACUUUUGUAUGCUUCAUAAAAUAAAGCCUUAGAAAAACACAGAA